AUGCCAAGGAGGAGUACCGGUAGCAGCAGCACUAAACCCACUGGGAGUACGAAGAACUCGAGCCGUGGGUUUGGCAAUCCGCUGUUUGCCACAUUGAAAGGGCUGGCUGUUCUGUUGAUGUUGCUAUCGGCUUGCAUUACCUGGAAACUCAUUUCUUCCGAGCAGCAGCACACCAACAAUGGGGGGUCGAUGAUACCGCGAGAGUUAUGUUCUACUACUACUACUACUACUACCGGUAGUAUGAGCAAGCUAGGAAGCGGUGAUGACAUGUGCCAAAAAGAGUACCAACGGGUGACCAGCAAUCGGACCAAGGGUAUCACGAGGGAUGAUCUAGAACGGUCCCGAGCCCUUGUGGGAAAUCGAUAUCGAUUGGCCAUGCUAGCCAAGACACUCAAGGAACGAAAAAGACCCAUUACAGGAGUUGUUUGUGGAGGUAGCAUUUCGUUGGGGCAUGGCGUGGUCCCGUAA